AUGCUGGAGUCAGUAACUCAGAGCACAUUUCUGCCAAACACAAUGGUUUAUGAUCCCCUGAUAUCUUCGACAGGACUCUUUGGGACAACCAAAGAUGUCUACACUGCCUGUGAUCAUCAAAGAGAUCCUAAUUCUUUCUGGAUAUGUAUCCACCCAGAAUACUGGAGUGAGCACAACGUCUGUGAAUGGUUGCAGUUUUGCUGUAACCAGUACAAACUAGAUGCCAACUGCAUUUCCUUUCCCCACUUUAAUAUCAACGGCUUGCAGUUAUGCAACAUGACCCAGGAAGAGUUCCUAGAAGCUGCAGGCAUUUGUGGUGAAUUCCUGUAUUUCAUCUUACAGAAUAUCAGGAUGCAUGGCAUUUCCUUUUUUACUGAUGCAGAAGUAACAAAGUCAUCAAACAAGGACUGUAAGUAAACUUAUUUGUACAUGAUAAGCUCCAUUCAACAGGAAACACUGUAUUCAAACAUCAGCAACCUACAGAAUUCUCAUUUGUGGGAAUUAAGGGAUCUGCUCCUUUCUCCUGAAGAAAAUGGUGGCAUCCUGAAAUGGGAAGACAGUGGACAAGGCAUUUUUCGUGUUGUUAAAUCAGAAGCUCUGGCGAAGAUGUGGGGACAAAGGAAAAAAAAUGACAGAAUUAUGUAUGAAAAAUGAAGCAGAGCUCUCUGUUACUAUUAUAAAACAGGCAUUUUGGAAUGAGUGGACAGAAGGCUGGUGUACAAGUUUGGAAAGCAUGCCCAUGGUUGGCAGGAGAACAAGAUGUGA